AUGUUGUUAGACAGAGGAGCAGACUGUAAUCAAUCUGAUAAGAGUGGUCAGACACUUGUAAUGAUGGCUUGUACGGAAGGUCAUAAAGAAAUAGUAGAGAUGUUGUUAGACAGACAAGCAGACUGUAAUGAAUGUGAUGAAGAUGAGAGAGGAGCAGACUGUGAUAAAUGUGAUAAAGAUGGUCAGUCACCUAUAAUGAUGGCUUGUAGACAAGGUCGUACAAAAACAGUAGAGUUAUUGUUAGAUAGAGGAGCAGAUUGUAAUAAAUGUGAUAAAGAUGAUGUUCCAGAUUCUAAAUCGUUUGAUGUGACUUUAAUGAUAUUAUUAAUGAGGAAUUUGACUCCCAUGAACCCUCCUCUUUGUGGAUUUGACAAAUUACCAUCUGACUUGGAAACCACACAAGCUGCAGAUUUAGCAAGAAUAAAACAUUACAGAAAUGAACUAGCUCAUCUGCAGAAUUGCAAAGUAGACACUGCAUUCUUCACCACAGCAUGGACUGAUAUAACUGGUGCCAUUCAUAGAUUGGGUGGACAGCAAAUGAAAGAAGAGUGUGAGCACCUAAAAACCAAACAGCUAGAUCAAUCCAACCAAGAAUUGAUAAUAGACAUCAAAAGGUCUAAUGAUGAAAUUAAGGGGCUAAAAGAAUCAAUUAUAAGUCUAAAACGCUCACAUAUUGAUUUGAAAAAAUCCAAUGAAUUACUGCUUAUAAACCAUAAAAAAGUAAAGAAAUCCAACGAUUUGUUACAGGAAGACCAUGUAGUUUUAAAGAAAUCCCAUGAAUUCUUACAGGAAGACCAUGUAGAUUUAAAGAAAUCCAACGAAUUCCUACAGAAAGACCACGUAGAGGUUAAGAAAUCCCAUGAAUUGUUACAGGAAGACCAUGUAGAGGUCAAGAAGUCCCAGGAAUUGUUACAGAAAGACCACGUAGAGAUAAAGAAAUCCCAUGAAUUCUUACAGGAAGACCACGUAGAUUUAAAGAAAUCCAACGAAUUCUUACAGAAAGACCACGUAGAGGUUAAGAAAUCCCAUGAAUUGUUACAGGAAGAGCACAAAGAGGUUAGGAAAUCCCAUGAAUUGUUACAGGAAGACCACAAAGGGGUAAAGCAAUCCCAUGAAUCGUUAAAAAGAGACCACACACAGGUUAAGAAAUCCCAUGAAUUGUUACAGGAAAAGCACAAAGAGGUUAGAAAAUCCCAAGAAUGUUUGCAAGAAGACCACAAAGAGGUUAAGAAAUCAUUCAGAAGUCUUAAACGCUCACAUAGUGAUAUUAGAAAAGCAAAUGAAUUACUACAAGAAAACCAUAAAAAAGUAAAGAAUUCCCAUCAGAUAUUGCAGAAAGAACACAAAGAGGUUAAGGAAUCCCAUGAAUUGUUAAAGGAAGGCCAUAGGAAAGUGAUAAAGGAAAUUGAAAAAAUGUCGACCUCGCAACAGGAUACAGUACCAUGGAAUAUAAGAGCGAGAAUUGAGCAAAAACUCAAAACCUGGAAGGACAAUGACCAGAUGUUUAUCAAGACGAGAGCUGCUGACCAUAUACUCCAAUGUAUAAAGGAAAACAGUUGUGUAACUAUUACAGGUAGUUCUGGUGUAGGAAAGACAGCAACACUCCGACACGUGGCUAUACAAAUGGUAGGAGAAGGAUAUGAUGUACUUAUGGUGACAGAACCAAGUGAAAUUGCCAAUUACAACAAUCCAAAAAAGAAAACACUGUACGUUUUUGAUGAUUUAUGUGGAAACUAUUCUGUUGAACAAAGUGACAUUAAAAAAUGGGACCCAGUCAUGGAGAUUAUACAAAAUAUUCUAGACAAAAAACAAACAAAAAUACUUGCAGCAUGUCGGUUACAAGUGUACCAAGAUGAAAAGUUUAAAUCUUUAUCAGUUUUCAAGUCAUGUGUGUGUAACCUGCUAUCAGAGAACAUGCGUUUGUCAAAAACCGAAAAACAAUCUUUAGCAGAGUUAUAUCUUAAGACAGAAGCAUCGGAGAUUACAGCCUACUAUGAUUUACAUGAUUGUUUUCCUCUUUUAUGUAAAUUGUACAGUGAUAAUCCGAAACGUGAUGUCACAGAUUUCUUCAGUAAUCCAUUUACAGUUUAUAAAACAGAGGUUGAUAAGUUUUAUGAAAAAGGGUAUCACGCUAAAUACUGUAUCUUGGCUUUAUGUGUCAUGUUUAACAACAAGUUACAGGAAGAAAUAUUGACGAAAGAGGUAAAUGAAGAAACCAGGACUAUUAUUGAGAACACAUUUGAGGCAUGUAGAUUAGACAGGGGAACAUCAAGACUUGUAUUACAAGAUGAACUUAACUACCUUACAAAUACAUUCAUAAUCAAAGAAGAUAACGUUUACAAGACUAUACAUGGUAAACUUUUUGAUUUUCUAGCUUACUUCUUUGGACAGAAAAUGAUCAGUUACUUAAUAAAAAAUGCAGACUCCGGGUUGAUCAAGGAAAGAUUUUUGAUAUGUAGAAUCGAUGCCAUGGAUCAGUUCAUUACUAUCAUACCUGCGGAGUAUCAUCAGAUGUACAUACAGAGAAUAAUUACUGAUUGGUCGAAGGGGAAAGUACAAGAUGUUUUUAGUAAUAUUAAUAUGAAGAUACCUCAGUUUAGACAAAAGUUUUGUGGCUAUUUGCUAAAACUGGAUAAAUCUUACCAAUGCAAACUGGCACAUACCAGUGAUUUUCGUUCACUUGGUACUAAAACUCUUUUCCAAUGGUUUGAUGAUAAUGAUGACAAUUGGUAUGAUACUGCUUUAUUACAUUGUUGUUACUUAGGAGAUGUUUCUUUAGUCAAGUGGUGUUGCACUAAUGGUGUUGAUGUAAAUCGGUGUACAUAUAUUAAUCAGUCACCUGUAAUUAUUGCUUGUGAAUAUGGUCAUACAGAACUAGUGAACAUGUUGUUAGACGGAGGAGCAGACUUUUAUAGAUGUGACAGCAGGGGUCAGUCACCUGUUAUGAAGGCUUGUGAACAUGGACAUAAAGAAAUUGUUAAGUUGUUAUUAGACAGAGGAGCAGAUUGCAAUAAAUGUGACGGACGGAAAGGUCAGUCACCUGUAAUGUUUGCUUGUAAACAUGGCAAUUCAGAAAUAGUAAACAUUUUGUUAGAAAGAGGAGCAAAUUUUAAUAAAUGUGAUAAGAGUGGUCGUUCACCUUUAAUGUGUGCUUGUGAACAUGGUCACACAGAAAUAGUAAAAAUGUUGUCAGACAGAGGAGCAGACUGUAAUAAAUGUUAUGAGAGUGGUCAGUCAGCUUUAAAACGUUGUUAG